UUGUAAUUGUUAAAGAUUAACUCUUCACUGUUUUAUAAUUUACCUAAGGGCUUCUUUGAAAAGGUAAGUGCCUACACUAUUCCUCUGUCAUGAAUAGCUGCACUGAUUUGAGGAGAUUGCAGCGAUAGCCCAUCUAUUGGAAAAUCAUUACCCCAUGUGAGGUUUAUACAGCGGGAUCUAGCCAAGAAUCUGAAGCUUCAUACGUAUAGUUGGAAAAGCUCAUGUUCAUUAUCAGAGACUACAAAACAGGAACUAACCUGAUGGAUGCAACAAGAAAUGUAAAACAGUUUGCAAUUAUGAAAUUGAUGAUCAUUAACGGACACUUGAGAGCCUCUUACACUCAUCCAAUGUCGUCAGCAAUAUCUGGACUACAUAGGCCAGAAACUGUUCCUCAUGUGUAAGUAA